AGGUUGUUAGUUUUCAGGUGGUGUUGCGGCUGCACGCCUCCGGCAUGCACCCUGAGCUGCUGUAAAAAACCAUGAGAUGAUUGAGAAAUCGGAGUGCAGGGCAGCUCACCAUGAUCCAACCUACCCCCCAGCUCCAAGCUCCUAAAUUACCUCGCUAUAAAACCUGCGUUGCUCACACCUCUCCCGCUCACCACCUCGCCGGCAACAACAGCACCCACGGAGCCAGAGAGCAGAGCAGAGCCAUGGAGCAGAGCAAGCCGUCCGUCUUCCUCGGCCUCCUCGUGCUCCUGGCCUGCGCCGGGUGGGGGCACGGCAUGCGCCUCCUCCACGACGACAGCGUCGGCGACGAGGAGUACGCCCGGGAGUUCGCCUUCGGCUCCAUGGAGGCCGCGGCGACCGAGACCGCGCCGCAGGACGCGUCCUUGGACGACUACGAGGACGAGAUCAGCCGGGUGGAGUUCGAGCCGGGGCGCGGCGCGUCCUACGACGCCACUGUUGCGCCCGGGCCUGCCCCGGGGCCGGCGACGGCGGGGAGCGACGCGGCCGCCGCAAGGACAGGCACCGGCAGCAUGAAGUGGUGGCUGCCGCCGUCGACGAUGCCGUCCUUCCCGCUGUUCCCGAACCCCGGCGGCAUGCCCGGGAUGCCGAUCCCUGCCAUGCCCGUGCCUUUGCCUGCCCUCCCCGGGAUGCCCGCCAUGCCCAUGCCGGGGGGCAUGCCUAUGCCCAUGCCAGCAGGGAUCCCCGGCGGCGGCAUGCCUAUGCCUAUGCCAGGAGGCAUCCCAGGGGGCGGCAUGCCGUUCAACUUCAAGCCGGAGGGAUGGGGCGCCGGCGCGGCGCCAUCGCCGCCCAGCCGUGCACAGCCGACGCCUCCUGCCGCCGGCGCGAGCGACGGCGCCGCCGACAGCAGCAGCGACAACCCCAACCCCAACGAGGCCAUCCACUGA